UCACUCCUUCCUCCUCUGUUAGCCAGUUCUUGGCCCCUUCCCAAAUCUUCCUCUUAGCUGACCUUUCCUUUUGGUUCCUUCCUCUUCCUACCUCCCGUCGCCUCUCUUCAAUUUCUCCCCGCUUUUCCUCUUCCACUGCUCUCCCUCCGGCCUAUCUUCCCAGCUUCUAUCUUCACUUUGUGUUCCCCUUUCUCUCCUCUUUCACCCUACCACCUACCCUUUCUUCCCCCUCCUCUCCCCUCCCCCUGUCUCAGACCUCAGUGUUUGCUUUUCUCCCGGAUCCGGAUGAAAGGGUUGGCCUGCCUAUGCCCAGACCUACCCAACUUCUUGGAGCUGAGACCCUGCUUCAUGGCUGAGAGUUCCCGAACUCAGGCCCCAGGGCAAGGCCCUCCUGUUAACAUCCAGUUCCUGCGAGCCCAGUAUGAAGGACUGAGGAGACUGCAGAGGACCCAGGCCCACCUGAUGGUGCUCCCGAAAGAAGGGACCACGUCUACUCCAGCUGAAUCCAUGACCAGUGCCAUUUGGAUUAACAAGGAGAGAAGGAGCUCACUGCUCCAGGAGGAGACUGACUCUGAGGUUGAGGGGAUGCUGGAGGAAGCUGACAGAAACUGCCAUCAGGCUCGUGAGUCUCCAUGGCACAUACACCUAGAGAUGUAUCGCUUGGUCCAAAACUCCCAUCAAGAAACCAGUCAUCAAGGGAAGCCCAAAGGUCAGCUUGAAGAGUCCAAGCCAAGGCUCUCUCCAGAGGGAAAUGCUAACAUAUUGGAAAAGGAUCAGAAAACUCAGCAAGGAACCAUUAUCCCAGAGGCAACUCAGUGCCAGAAUCAGGUGGGCAGUACCCUAGCAAAGGCAGCAGGCUCCAGCUUACAAGCCAAUAGUGUUUGGUGUCUUCCUUCCACAAAGAAUCCACACAGGUCUGGAAAACGAGCUUACUAUCCAUUUCCACAGAGGAAAACUCCCAGGAUCUCCCAAGCUGCCCGGAACCUAGGCUUAUAUGCCCAGCCUGAAACUUUAUACUCAGAAAGAUGUCUCACCCCUGAGGUCAUCAAUCCACUUAUCAAGGAACAAAGAGAUGGAGCCACAACCAGAGCCUUGAACAAUGAGCAACAACUAGAUUACUCCAGCUGAGGGGAAUGAAUCUGUCAGUGGGAACAUGGUCUUGCCCUUCAAAACACAAGCGAUUACCCAGGUCAAGUGCUUACCAUUUAGAAUGAAAGUGCUUUCCAGUCAAUGCAGCCCCAUUUCAAUUAAAUAAAAAGACAUUGC